AUGUUAGAUGCAUUUAAACAACUAAUUGGUCAAAUGCCUAUGAAACCUCAUAGGAUAUUCUCCGAUAAAGGGUUAGAAUUUAAAAAUAAAACUGUGAGAGAAUAUUUUGAUCAAGAGGAGAUUCAAAAAUUAGAGGCUACUCAUUCAACAGUCAAAGCUGCUGUGGCUGAAAGGGCUAUAAGAAAUGUAAAGCAAAGACUAUAUAGAUACUUUGCUCAAAAUAAGUCACUUAAUUGGGUUGAUAUUCUGGAAAAAAUUUUAGAUGGAAUAAAUAAGUCAAAGAGUAGAGUGCAUGGACUAAGACCUAUAGAUAUUGACUUUUCAAAUGCCCAGGAAGUGUGGGAGAGAAUGUACGGUAAUGAGAUUUCAAAGAAAAGAAAGUCAAAAUUGAAAGAAGGAGAUUUUGUUCGCAUGAGUAUUGGAAAGAGUGCUUUUGAAAAGGGAUAUAUUCCGAAUUGGGGAGACCAAAUUGUGCGAGUGGAUAAAGUUCAGGAUCAAUUUUAUCCUGUUCGAUAUAAAAUUAUUAAUGAUAAGGGAGACAAAUUUAAAGGGUAUUACUAUAGAGAGGAGUUGGCACGUGUGAAGAAAGAUGCAGAUACAGAGUAUAGAAUAGAGAAGGUUAUAAGAAAGAAAAAGAGAGCAGAUGGUACAUAUGAUAUUUUAGUAAAAUUCAUAGGAUAUCCCGAAAGGGAAUGGAUCCACGAAACCCAACUUGUAUAAAAGAGGGUUCAUUUCAUUGUAUUUACCUCAUUUGAAUAAAAAUGUCGAAUAGUUUUUAUGUUUGUUUAUUGAGCAAUGUGUCUGAUUAUCCUGAUAACCAGCCGAAUAAAUUUAGGGUCCACUUACCUAAACCCCUUUAUUUUUCUGGUGAUUGGGUUUGCGGUGUACACAGCAUAAGUUAUCCAUAUUCAUGGUCAUCAACCAUUGGUACACUUGACGAGCAAUGGAUUGAUAUUAAUUUUACAGAUAAUAAUAAGAAGGGACAAACUAUACGAAUUCCAGUCCCAAAAGGGUCACAUAAUACACCUGAAGAAAUCUUACAAUUUUUGAUUUCAACUUUGAGACAUCAAAGUUCAGCUCUUGAUAACACAGCUCUUGAAGAGUCAUCUGAAGGGUUCUUUGAUAAACCAUCAGUUCUUCAUAGGAGAA